AAUCCUGUACUAAUUCGUUAGAAGAAGAAUGGUAGUCAAGAUGGACGCGGAGCUGUUGUUGUUUUUGGUUUCUGAGAACAAGGAAUUAUUUGAUAAAAACCACAGUGAGUACAAAAAUACGAAGCGGAAAGAAGUACUUUGGCAAGGAAUAGCAGACAAAAUGGGAGUCGAUGUGGAAGAGGUGAAAGCUAAAUGGAAAAAUCUAAGAGACACAUACACAAGGAAAAAGCGACUGGAGCAGGAUGGAAGUCGGAGUGGACGGGCAGCUAAGAAAAAGAAGCAAUGGAAAUAUAUGCGAGUGAUGGACUUUCUCGAUCCCUCCACAGAACACAGAAGUGUUAUUUUGGACAGUGUUCCCGGCAAAAUCGAGGAUGACGAGCCAGAUGAAGACAGCGGGGCUGAACCAGCCAGCACCAGUACGGGAACAUCCAUGACAAGUCCAGGAGCAAUCCGGUCUGGCAUUGUAAAGAGAAGGCGAUCAGAGACACUAGAGCUGUUGGAGAGGUAUUUGGCAUCUAAAGACUCAAGAGACAGAGAGAAAGACGAACAACAGCAAGAUGAAGUCGAUUUAUUUCUACGGAGCUUAGCACCUGCGUUAAGACGCUUACCUGCUUCAAAGCAGUCCUUGGUGAAGCUUCAGAUCCAAAAAAUACUUCAUGACGCAGAGUUUGGACAACCAAGCUUUCCUCAGAUUUCCUCAGUGUCACCAAGUAAUCAGUUGUUACUACAGUGUAGUGUUGUAAAACCCAGUUGAAAUACUUUUUUAUUGAAAAUAAAUGUGACUUUAAAAUAGUGA